GGCCUCACCAUUGAUUAUUUCAACCAGCGAUUAUACUGGGCAGAUCCCGACCUAUCACAGAUAGGAAGCAUGAGAUUGGAUGGCUCGGACCCUCUGGUGACAAUCAGCGAAAGACACGGAAUUUCUCAACCAUACAGAAUUGAUAUAUUUGAGGAUUACAUCUACGGAACUGGAUUAAAACACGAGGUCUUCAAGAUUCACAAAUACGGGAAACAGUCGGUGGAAUUUCUCAACAUGGGGAUGGAGAAGCCCACAAAUCUUUUAAUCUCCCAUCAUUACAAACAGCAAGAUGCAUCAAAUCCGUGCCUCAGAAUGUCCUGUGAUUUCAUGUGUCUGCUCAACCCAACGGGCGCAAGAUGUACCUGUCCGGAGGGGAAGGUGCUGGUAAAUGGCACCUGUAGUGAUAGCAUCAUCUCAGGUGAACUGUGCCGCCCCCCCUGCGAGAAUGGAGGCCGCUGCUUAGCCAACGAGAAAGGAGACUGGAGGUGCUACUGCUGGCCCGACUUUUCCGGGGAACGCUGUGAGGUCAACCACUGUACAGACUACUGCCUAAAUGGAGGCACCUGCAUGGGCUCACCCCUGGGUAAGCCUACAUGCCGCUGCCCUGUUGGUUUCUCUGGGCCUUUCUGUGAGCGGAGGAUUUGUGACAACUACUGCUUGAAUGGGGGAACAUGCGACGUCACUCAGGGAAACCAGCCGGUGUGCCGCUGCAUGUCAGAAUAUACUGGGGACCGUUGUCUUUACCACAUCUGUCAUCACUACUGUGUGAACUCCAAGGCCUGCACGCUAUCCAGCAGCGGAUACGUAGAGUGUGUGUGUCCCGCCAGGUUUGAGGGUAACAAAUGCGAGGUGGACAAGUGUCUCCGUUGCCAUGGAGCUCCCUGCCUCAUUAAUGAGGAUACAGGGGAUGUGGUUUGCAAUUGCACAAAUGGCAGAAUAGCACCGAGUUGUCAGCUGUGUGACGGAUAUUGCUACAAUGGAGGCACCUGUCACCUGGACCCCGACACCAACCUGCCUUUCUCUGCACGUCAGGGUUCAAGAACCAACGUUGUGAUGAGCUGGCCAACCCCUGCGAUUACUUCUGUCAGAAUGAGGGGAUGUGCACAUUAACAGCUCUUAACAAACCACGCUGCAAGUGUUCAGCCAAUUGGGCGGGAACACAGUGUGAGAGACCCGCCCCUAAAAGCAGCAGAUCGGACAAUACCAGAGGAG